AUGAAGCUGUGUCUUCUGCUGCUGUGCGUCUGCCGCCUGGGACUGACGGAGGAGCCCAGUACGGCAGCUCCUCAUGUCUCCGGCACCGUGGAUGAAGACGAGGACGACUCGGCUCACGGCUGCGGAGGGACGUUCAGCCCAAAGCAGCACCGGGCGAUAGGGGGCGCCGUCGAGCGGCUGGGUUUACAGCUCCUGGAAAACCUUCCCGUCAGCCCACAGCAGCCCAACGUCAUCCUGUCGCCUCUCAGCCUGGCUCUGGCCCUCGCUCAGCUCACCUUAGGCGCUCGUAACGAGACGGAGAAGCUGCUGCUGCAGAGCCUUCACGCCUUCAGGCUGCCGUGCUACCACCACAUCCUGGGAAGCCUGGUGCCUCAUUUCAGCCACACGUCUGUGGAGGUGGCGGCACGAAUGUACCUGAGACCAGGAUUCGAAGUGAAGCUAUCCUUUGUGGAGGACUCUCUGGCCAGGUACAAAUCCCAGCCGGUUCCUCUGGUCUCUGUGGAGGAAGUCAACCAGUGGGUGGAGAACGUCACCAAUGGACACAUCGCCAACUUCCUGGAGAGCAUUCCACACGACGUGGUACUGAUGCUCAUGAACGCCGUGUACUUUAAAGGUGAGUGGCAGACACAAUUUGACCCAUCAGUCACCUCUAAGGGAAUGUUUUACCUGGACAACCAGAACUCGGUACCGGUGGACAUGAUGAAAUCUGCCCAGUAUCCUCUACGCCUGCUGGAUGACCCCGAGCUGGAAGCACAGGUUGCCAGUUUUCCAUUCAAGGGCAACACCAGCUUCUUGAUCGUCCUGCCUCGGGGAAACGUGUCGUCGGUGCUCCCCAAACUGAACAUCUCCGACCUCUACGGACGUCUACCUCAGGAGAAGACCAUGCAGGUCAACUUACCCAAGGUGAAGCUGCAGUACCGCCAGGAGCUGCAGGAGGCGCUGAGCAGCAUGGGCCUCAGUUCUCUGUUUUCGGCUCCGGACCUCUCAGGGAUCUCCGACCUCCCCCUCAGGGUGACGGGCGUCCGCCACGCCAGCACCGUGGAGCUCAGCGAGGAAGGCGUGGAGGCGUCGGCCACCACCGCUGUCACCUCCAUGCGCUCCGUCUCCCUGUUCUCUGUCAACUCGCCCUUCCUCUUCGCCCUGGUGGACGACGCCUCGCUGGCCCCCCUCUUCAUGGGCGUCGUCACAAACCCCGCCCCCGACCACGAGCCCAUGCUCCGCGACGAUCCCCACGGCAACGGCACCAUGAGCGACCAGCCGGCGACGAACAGUGUCAGGAAAAGACACACGGACGGCGGACUGUGCAGCAGCCGGCGGCCCUGCAGCGCCCCCUCUGGUGAAAAACAUGUAAAUGAACUGCAGGGCAGCGACGGACAGGAGAAGACACAGGGAGACGAUAGCUGCCUCAAACCAGACAACGCUGUGGCCGCCUGAGCUCUGACGGCGUCUCAAUAAAGGAACAGUGCGAAUUAGUGUAACUACAACACAGAUGCAGCAAACAGUGAGUUAGCUUAGCUUAGCAUGACCACUGGAAAGUAAAUCCCACCUGGCGGCACCUGUAGAGUCACUGAUUAACUCGCUCUUGUCUCGACACAACAGAAAAUCCCCCAGCUGUUUCCUUUAAAGCUGACAUGCAGCAGACAUGCUGCUCAAAAGUAGCUUAACAGAAAAAAUGCUAAUGCACUGCGAUUCUGGUGAUCAGCGUUUUAUACGGACGAGCUAAUUUGAAAUACUAAAAACUCCAGCAGAGUGAUGUUUUUUGUUAUCAUGUUGAUUUCUGAUGUGAUGAAAAUGUAAAAAUACAGCGUUCAGUUACUGCCAGUGUAUUUCCACACGAUCGUACUCACACACAGAAAAUUCAGACUGUUUCAUACAAAAAAAAUGUUUUUCCAAAAAAA